AUUCAUUGGUUUGCUUGCUUUUUGCAAAGUAUCAGAAGAAGAAUUGUUCGUAAUUUUCGCUCACUCAGGAUCAAAGGAGGAUAAGUCCUAGCCUAGUAGUAACAAAGAAGUUCAAGAGUGUGAAGUGUCGACAAACGAGCUUAAACAGUCACAGCCCGUGGUCAGAAAGUUCCCCAACAGAGGAUAACACCGAAAACCAAGUGUGUGAGACCAUUAGACGCACAAUUCUACUGAGUUCGCAAUUUCGCAAGUGUUUCGUACGAAUCUAGUGAAAGGCGACCGUGCAUACUUUGCAAAAGAACAUUUCGCCCGCCUCGAGUGGUAAACAAACAAUCAAAACCCUAAAAACCGUGCUCAUCUUUGAGUCUUGUACCCAAGAAUCAAACAAUAGAUAGAAAAAUGAUUGCUGCCGCCCAGAAGAACCGCGAAAUGUUCGCCAUCAAGAAGUCAUACAGCAUCGAGAACGGCUACCCAUCCCGCCGCCGUUCCCUUGUUGACGACGCCCGUUUUGAGACCAUCGUUGUCAAGCAGACCAAGCAAACCGUUCUUGACGAGGCCCGAGCAAAGGCCAACGAUUCUAGUUUGGAAAGCUCCGUUCUACAGGCCCAAGAACAGCAUCCACAAGAGAAUGGUGAUAACAUUCAAUUUGACCAGACUGAUAGCCUGGAGGUGGCUGCAGCUGACGAACUUCCCAACAAAGCGGAAGAGAAUGUAUCCAACAAUAAUCAGGAUGAUGAGAAAGACGCCGGCCUAACGGAGGAGGAAGUGGUUUUACAGAACGCUGCUUCCGAGUCACCGGCGGCAGAGAAAGAGAUUGUCCGCGCUGCCGUGGUAGUUCGCCUCCGCGACGGCAUGGGCUCUCUGGGACGUAUUCUGAAGGCGGUGGAGACCUUCCACGGAACCGUCGUCCAUCUGGAGUCGCGUCAAUCGCGCAGCGACGGCGUAAUGUUUGACGUGUUGAUCAAGGUCGACAUGGCCCGCUCAAAUCUGCUGCAGUUGAUCCGCUCGCUGCGGCAGACUUCCUCGUUCGGCAGUGUUAGCCUACUGUCGGAGAACAACGUCAACGUGAAGGCUCCAUGGUUCCCGAAGCACGCCUCUGAGUUGGAUAACUGCAACCACCUCAUGACCAAGUACGAACCGGACUUGGACAUGAACCAUCCAGGAUUCGCCGAUCAGGUGUACCGCGCCCGCAGGAAGGAGAUCGCCGAGAUUGCAUUCAGCUACAAGUACGGUGACCCAAUCCCACACAUCGAUUACACCGACGUUGAGAACAAGACCUGGUCGGCGGUGUUCGGUCGCGUCAAGGAGCUCAUGCAGAAACACGCUUGCGCCGAAUACAUCGCCGUCUUCCAAAAACUGGAGGAGGAGAAGAUCUUCGUCGAGCAACGCAUCCCCCAGCUGCAAGAGAUGAGCGAUUUCCUUCGCAAAAACACAGGAUUUACGCUGCGUCCAGCCGCUGGUCUGCUGACCGCUCGGGACUUCCUGGCUUCGCUCGCGUUCCGUAUCUUCCAGAGUACCCAGUACGUGCGCCACAUCAACUCACCAUACCACACCCCGGAACCCGAUUGCAUCCACGAGCUUCUAGGCCACAUGCCCCUGCUAGCCGACCCAAGCUUCGCUCAAUUCUCGCAGGAAAUUGGAUUAGCCUCGCUGGGAGCAUCGGAUGACGAAAUUGAAAAACUAUCUACGGUCUACUGGUUCACCGUAGAGUUCGGCCUGUGCAAGGAAAACAACGAAAUCAAGGCCUACGGUGCCGGUCUGCUGUCCGCUUACGGCGAGCUGCUGCAUGCCAUCAGCGACAAGCCCGAGCACCGCCCGUUCGAACCGGCCAGCACCGCCGUCCAGCCCUACCAGGACCAAGAGUACCAGCCGAUCUACUAUGUUGCCGAAAGCUUCGAGGAUGCCAAGGAGAAGUUCAGGCGCUGGGUCUCGACCAUGUCCCGCCCGUUCGAGGUGCGCUUCAACCCGCACACCGAACGCGUCGAGGUGCUCGACUCGGUCGACAAGCUGGAAACCCUCGUGUCACAGCUCAACACCGAAAUCCUGCAUCUGACAAACGCCAUCGCCAAGCUACGACAGCCUUUCUGCUAAAGAAGGGGGGAGAACAAAUUCGAAUUCGUCCGUUGUGUUGUGUGUUGUUCGCGCCCCCGAGUACCCGCUAGCGUUCCGAAACAUGCUACGUUCAUGUGAUCGAGAAAAGUUAGAAAACUCUUGCGCUCGAGCGCGUCCGCCACCCACCACCCGCACCCGAAGGAGAAUACUUUCAUCAUUAUUAUUUUUUUACUUAAUACAACGUAAACUAACGCGACCAAACAGCCAAAAACUGCAACAGGACAAAACAGUAUUCAGCUAUACUCUAACCUCUUCAAACACACACACGCACCUCCUAGGACGCUAGGAACACACAUAUGCACAGUUUCCGCUCUGCCAUCGCAGCAGAGCACUGCUUUCGUUCAUAUUAUCCGGAGAAUAUGAACGUAUCUACGAAGCGUGACCAACCCUAGCCCAACUCCCCCUCACCCCCAAACACCAUGCUUGCUGGUGGCGGGGGAGAGGCUGGGGCGUCGAAACACUUUCAGGCCUAACUUUUGGAAUUCGAACAAAAUUUCGCGUUCUGAGUGUUAACCGAAACCCGGCGAAACAGCGAAAUUUGGACCAAGGUUCCAAGAGGUACUGUCCUCUCCAAAAUGCGGCCCUUGCCCUGUAAACUAUUCCCCUUAUUGUACAUCAUGUAUUGAAGAGUAGGAGUAAUGUUUAAUAUCUAUUUUUUUAUUUAAAGAUCGUAAUUUAAGUAUUAAUUACUAUUUAAAUUAGCGUAAUCUUAAAUUAUUUCAUUUUAAACUUUUGUUUUGAGCUAGAAAAGUGUUGCAGUUUGUUCUCUCGCACCUUAGAGUGUGCAACACUAGAGGCGGUGGUGAAAGGGGAGAGCGAAAACGUCAGGGAAAAGUUACCACUGUGCCAGAAUUCUUGACUAGGGGGAAGGAUACAUCUCUCCAUUAUACUGCCCGGGAUACAUCCCACCGCAGCACCACCGGGGAAGAAGCCCUCUUGAAGCCUGAUCACGGAAGAGUGACUGCUUUUGUGACACGAAACACAAUUCAAGGCCCGGGAGGGAGAGUUCCCUUGCAGUCGGC